CUGACUUGAUGGCACACUUUACUUUUACCCUGAUUUUGAUCAUGUGAACUGCCCUAUGCUCUGUGAACUCCAGGACGUUCGUCAUUACUACUUCUGUUUCUAUGAAAGGAGAGACAAUUCCCUCUUAUGAAGCCUCUGCAAAGUUCCGCUAGACCCAAGUGACCCUGCUGGGAGCUCUGGCUCCAGCUAUCUUACCCUCAGCAGAGCACGUGAGUGUCAGAGUUUUGUGGGCGAUGCCAUGCAGUAGACAGAGGGCCUCUGAAGGCAAAAGAGAGAGCUGUCUUUGCUGCAAUGGCAGGGCCGUGGCUGUUCUGUCUGCUGGUGGGCUCCAGUACAGCCCUCUUGUUGACUGUGCCCAAAUCCCCAAUUUAUAUCUCAGCUGGGAAUACAGCUUUGCUCUCUGCCUCACUGAAUUUUUCUACUUUGCUGCCAGACUACUUCCAACUAAGGUGGCAUUUUGUCACUGGUAGCUGUCUGGUGCUGUUGCUCAAGGCUGAUAGCUGCCUGGCAGAGACAGCUCCUAGAAACUGGAGGGACUCCUGUGAGAUCAGCAUUGAGAAGACAGAGAGGUACAGUUUUCGAGCAAAGCUGUCUUCUGAGGAUGCUUCACUGGUACUCCAGGAUGUGAGAGUGGAAGAUUCGGGGAUCUACAGCAUCACAAUGCUGGCUUUGGGUGUGAGGUUGUUGGCCAACAUCAACCUAACUGUGACUAACGAAAGCAGUGUUUCAAACCACCAGACUGAGAAUUCAUCUAGCAGGCCAGUGCUGCCCCUUCCCUCAAAAGCCAGAAGCCCUGCAGGAGAGGAAGAAGAACAUCUGCUUCCCAGGCAGGUCCAGGUGAAUUCAGAGGUUCACAUCGCUUCAGUGAAGGCAGUGAAUGACCACAGAGUAGACUACAUGGUGUCCAAUAUCAUCCGGCUGAGCUUAGCGGGCCUGGUCCUCUGUCUCCUUGGGCUGAUGAUAGCCAAGGCCCAGUAAGAAAUGGACGACCUCUGCAAUUCAACAUGCAUGGAAUUUGAGGGGUUAAGAAUUCAUCCCUCCCUGUCCUGCCCAGUUCUGUGACCUGAUGAGCAAGUGACUUCCAGUUGACAUCCUCCUCUCACGUCCCAUAUACCUUUCAGGGUAGAACCAGACCUAACAAGAGGCACAGAACUACUGCCGCACUGUCCCUUCCUGGUAUAUUUAGUAUAACGGAAUGCAUGAGAUGAUAUCCCCAUGCUGCACAUUUCCCCAGCCUUCACAUCAUUGGAUGGAGUGGGCAGGAAGUGCACAGCAUAACUACAUCACACCCAUAUUUUGUGUCGUAGUUCAUGAUAUUUCAAAGGAGGAGAGAUAUUAGCUGGCAUCCAGACUAACCCUGCAUUUGGGCAAACAGGUUUCAGUAGCUAGGAUGUUUCCGUAGCUAGCUCUGCUAAGUUGGGAGGAGCAUACAUUCUAGACAGCUUUGCACCCACACAACCUGUGGAGCCCUUCCUGCUUGGAACCCUCUUCUGUUCUGAUGUGUUGCACAGAAUCAUGCUGAGAAGAGCAAGUGGCUGCACACUAGCCUAGGGUUGAGGUCAGUGUUCCCUCUGAUUUUUAUCAUCAGUGAGUGGAAACAGUUUUGUUCUGGGUGGCAGUUUCAAGGCAGUGUGCGCACAUAAUUAUCUCUCACACAGAGAAAUAUAUGUUAACACUGCACCGCGCAUAGUGUGGCAUGCAAAUUUUUUACACCCCCUGUCCCCCCUCUUCUUCUGCAGCUUAUUAAUCAACACUGAAACUCAUUAUUCAUUACUAAGUACCAUGAAUAUGCACCAUAAAUAUGGAAGGAAAAAGAAAUGUAUUUUACAAUUCUACUCUAUUUUAUUACAAAUAAAAACAAGGCAAUACUUCAACAAAUAGUUACUGGAAGUGAUAAUACUUCAUUAUUCAAAUUAGUAUGGUAGAAAUAGUAUUAUCACACUGCUGCAGAUGGUAGAAUAGUAUUAUCACACUAUUUUGUUGCAUUUGAUUGCCAUUAGUCACCAUGGGACUAUUUUAAGCAAGAUAGAAAAUAAAUCUUGGCCUCUGAAGAGUCCAAAUAUGCACUUUUGCCCU